AUGGUUAGUACAAGGGAAAACAAGAGAGCUCGUAGCGAGGAACAAUCUCAUUUCGUACGAGAAGCGAGACCAUCAAGUGAUACGGGCCCGACCAUUGAAACAUCUGCUACCUCUGGGAGCAUGCGUGAAGUCCCUCCUCCCCGAACUCACGAGGUUCCUUCAGCACCUGUGAUCCCUCCAGCUCAAGUACCCCCACCUCCACCAAUUAUGACCGCCGGAGAGAUCUCUGCAAUAAUGGCUACUAUGAUGCAGUCCAUGCAACAACAGCAGCAAGUUCAACUGCAAAUUCAACAACAACAACAAGAGCUGAUGACCAGCAUGAACACACAACUCAUGGCUGCCACGAAGCAGAGAGCUGCGCAACAACCUAACCUCCCUCCAAACUUUCCUCCUCUUGUGCCCCAGGUUACACUAGAAAACUCCACUGCUAAAGUGAUGGAGAAGUUUAAGAGACUCCACCCUCCAUCUUUCUCUAAGGUUGAAUCUGAUUCACUACAGCCUGAGAGGUGGAUUAGUGCCUUGGAGAAGGCUUUUGAAGUGCUAGAAUGUACCAACGCUCAGAAACUGAUAUGCGCUGGGUACCAGUUGCAAAAUGAAGCCACGGCAUGGUGGAAAUCAGCUCGGCCAAAUCUCGAGGCAACUCAUCCUGACCCAACAUGGGACCAAUUUAAAGAAGUGUUCUUUAAGAAUUACUUCCCUGAAAGCCUCAGAGAUAGAAAGGAAGCAGAGUUCUCUGUCCUUACAAAAGGAUCAAAGAUAGUACUAGAAUACCAACAACAGUUUGAAGAUCUGCUCCAUUUUGCACCAGAUCACUUGAGGAAUGAGGCAAGCAAGACCAAGAAGUUUGAGAAAGGACUUAAACCUGAAAUAGGGGCUAUGUUGUCAAUUAUGGAGAUUGAAACCUAUGCUCGGAUGGUUGGUAAGGCAAAGACUGUUGAAGACAGACUGAAGGAUAAGUCGACUGCAUCGCAAGGAUCAUCUAAAGGCCUAGUAAUUUCCAGAAUUACAAUUGGCCUAACAAGACUUUCAAGAAACCUGGCGGCCCCAGUCUACUGUAGUACCGACGGCCAGAAGCAGGCCAAAAUUUGCAACCAUACCAUUCGGCCUAUAACCAGUCAAAUCAGUAUGUUCAUCCGGCUUCUGGUCAAACUACAACAUCUGUCCAGACUCCGUGGUCGACGGUAA